AUUUCCGCACAUGCGCAGUACAAAUCGUGUUUCCGGUACGGAUCCAGCAGUGACAUACCUCAGUAGCAGAACUCUUCAGUAUAGUCUUCUUAUAUACAUUGCAAUAAAAGAAGUAUUGCAGCACUGUGUGUUAUUUAUAUUUUUCCGCUAUUUAAAUUUGAAUGAAAGUAAUAGACGAAACGCUCCAGGUCGCGCUGUGUGACGUCAGCGGUUGUGUUUGGGUUAGCAGUAGUGAAAGGUUAGCUCGGUUGCUAAUGGUUUACGGUAGAAACACACUGCGCUCGAGUUUCUAAUGGUGUUAUUUGGACUUUGGAGUGAUUUGAUUUCUGGUCACAGUGUCCAGUUUGUGAGAAAUGCAGGGCGAAUAUAAAUUACCCGAAAUAGGAUUUGUGCAACAAAUUCUGAGUUUGAAUCUGGUCCCAAGGAAAAAUGCUACCUGUGGGAGGAACGACACGUCCCUGUGCGACUUCUCAGAGAUGUGGUAUGGCGUGUUCCUGUGGGCUGGAGUGUCCUCGCUGGUGUUUCACCUUCCCGCAGCUCUACUGGCCCUUGCAACUCUACGAGGACAUAAGAUAGCACGCUUCUUUCCCCUCACCAUCAUGCUCAUGGCCAUAAUAGGGCCUCUGCUGGGAGGCGUGCUCACUAGUGCAGCCAUAGCAGGGGUCUACAUGGCAGCAGGGAAGAGGAUGAUCUCGUUGGAGGCUUUUGUGUUUGGAGUAGGACAGUCUUUCUGCGUUCUUGUCAUCUCUUUCCUCAGAGUGUUAGCGACACUGUAGCACUGAGGAGCUCUGGACCCGCUUCACGUCCCUUGGAUGUUAUAUGCAAAAACACUGAGGCCUUAUUUUCCAAUUCUCUACCACCAAUUUCAUGCGCACAUAUAGCAUUAGCCAUUUCUCCCCUAAAAGGUUUCAGGUGGACUUUGUGUCUCUGCGAUCAGUGGACAGAUAAUAAGCUGUGUUUAAAAUCAGAGCUGUCCUUGAUCCACAGGUUUUGUGAAAAUGUCUUACAUGUGAUAGAGCUGAUAAAGCAUGCAGUUUCAGGGGAAAGCUGCAGACAGCUCCUCAGAGCAACACCGUUAGACAUCUCUAAACAAAAUCUUACUUUCUCUGGGUUUUAGAGAGGUUUGUGUCCUCAUGAUCUCACACCAUUCUGAUAACCUGACACUUUCUGAGCUAGUGACGCUGGUCUUAGCAGUGAGACAGAUAUUAGUCUUAAUGUUCUUAUAUUUAUAAUCCAUUCCAGCUUCAUGUUCUAAUUGUACAUUUACACAUUUUACAUUUAAUUGUCUAAACCUUUUACCUUUAGUGUACACAGAGCAAAUCGUUUUAUAGGCUAAAUGAUGUAGUUUUUUUUCUAACACAGUUUUCAAAACCUGAGAAAGCUGAAGGUUUUCUUUUUUGCGUAUAGACUAUUCCAAUACACAAUUUAAUGCAUUUCCCAUUAAAUUGUUACACAUUUAAAAAAUUUUUUACAUGUACAUAACUGAACUCAAUAAGCACUUUAUUAGGAACACCUAUAAACUUAGUCAUUCAUGCACUUAUCUAAUCUACCAGUUGUGUGGCAGGAGUGUAUAAUAUAAUACUUUUAAUAUAAUGCAGAUGCACCCAGCAGCUUCAGGUAAUGGACCAUCACAUCAAACAUCAAAAAGGGGAAGAAUUACAAGCUCUUUGGUUGCUUGUACAAGAAGGGCUGGAUUGUGUAUUUCUUUUACUGUUGAUCUCCUGGGAAUUUCAUCUACAACAGUCUCUAGAGAUCGUGUGAGUGCAGAGUCUACACUGACGUGACUGGAAACUGGUUCAACUCAAAAUGGAAAGAAAAAAAUUCCCCUGGUUGAAGAACUGUCAGAUUUCAGUGAGACUGUGCUCAUGAUGAACUCAGAUUCUUGUUCUUGCUGACAGCAGUGGAUCCUGAUAUGCUCUUCUGCUGUUAUAACUCCUCCACCUCAAGGUUUGAUGUGUUGUAUAUUCUGCUUUUCUGCUCAACAAAAAGUAGCUUUUCUGCGAUUUGAGUCACUAUAGAUUUCUCUAGACUUCUCUAGACUUCUCUGAUGAGUUUGGUCAUUCUCCUCUGAACUCUCUGUCGGAUUAUAGACUCUUUCAACACAAUGUUGUUUUUAAUGUUGUGCAUCCCAUUCUGUGUAAACUCUAGAGACUUUGUGUUAAAAUCCCAAGAGAUCAACAGUUCAUGACUCUGAGCAGCCAGUCUGCCACCACCAUUGUGCUUCUCCCACAUAAUUGAAUGAUUAGAUAGCUGCAUUAAUUUGCUUAUGUACCUAUUAAAGCGGACAGUGAGUGUUUAUUCUUCCAUUAGCAUUAUUGUCAUAUUCCAUAUGAGACAGCCUGUGUCUGCUAUGUGUACAUGUAUGUGACAAUUUUUUUUGGGCUUUCCACCAAAGAGAUUUUAAUGCUAAUAUAAAUGUGUUGUAUAAUUGACCUACUGUGACCUUUUGAUCUUGUCCUGAAAAGGCUUUAUGCAAUGAAAUGACUCCUAACUCAACAAGCGCAACAUUAAAGUUAAAAUAAUUUAACUUCUCGCUAGUAGAAAUAAAAGGCUUGUGCUAGUAAUCCAUCAGCUACAAUGACUAGACGCAGCAAAGCAGAUGGAGUUUUGCUGAAUAGAUCGCUCGGUCGUGUGAAAUCGCAGCACUCGGUGUAAGCAGCGGGUUCAGCUGCUGUUGUGUUGUAGCAGUUUGGCUCAGGUAAUCUGUCAGAGUGAGGGAUUUAUUUUUAACGAUGACCCAUCAGCGUGAUCUGAUUAGCAUAAUGUAGAUUUUCCUAAAUAGUCUUAGAAUCCUUAAUUCCUAUUUUUCAACCACAGACUACAUUGUGCUCUCUAGUUAUAUAAGGCAUAUGUUUCUUUCUCUCUUUUUUUUUCCCCUUCAGACCUUGGUAACAGUGUGGACUGUGAAAGAAGUCCUUAAAAUUGAAAGUAGGCUGCAGCUGGAAUUUUCAAUGAAUUUUCACAUACGGAUAUAUUUUUCUAAAGUCCAUCAGCCCUCCUUAGUGACUCAAUGUUUUCCUCAUCUGUCUUUCAGUUUUUACUGAAAAUCACAUUAUUUAUUGAAUGUAUAGUAUGGGUUUAUGGUUUCUUUAUUUUUUUGUUUUGUAGAUGUGUAUUUUUAAACUGUACAUUUAGUACUGAUCAUUAUUUUCAUGUA